UUUCGUUUGUCCUUCGAAUUGUAAAAAGAAAUAAACCAGCACGGGCUCUCCUCCUCGAUGCCUACAGGCACGGCGCCGCCGCCGCCGCCCCCACGCGCGACCGCACGGCCGAUCUUCUUCCCCGACCCCGACCCUUUGCAAUUCUGUCUCCUUCCCCUCUCCAUCUGCCCAAAUCUUCUCCUGCGCCACCCUGAGCCUUCUCGAUCUCCAACCUCCUGCAAUCUUCAAGCCCGCCGGCACCCAAUCCGCCUACAAUCUUCAAGCCCGCCAGCACCAAAAGCAACCAGCGGUCGAUUUGAGUGACCCCCGCUAGGAAUCCAUGGGAUUUGAGGUGGAUUUCCUAGGAGAGCGAGUAGGAAGGGUGAUGGUGGGGUUCAUGGGGAAGAUGAAGAAGCAGAAGGUGAUCCACGGCCCGCACGCGACGCCGAGCCACCACGGGCCUCCUCCCCUGCCGCUCGCCGCCAUGCCGGGACGGCGUACUGGGCCUUGCCGGAAGCCGAGGACAAGCGAGACAAUGGCCAUCCACCCUGGGCCAAGGACAAGCACAGAGCGACCAGCGGCGAUAACUAUGCUCGGACAGAUGGAUCCCGCCGCGGCGGAGUUCGAGGAGAACAGUAGCUGUGAUGACUCAACAAGAUGGAAGUGCGGGACAAGGGAUGAGUGCAAUCGGCUCAGGUAAACUCCUCCUGUACACCGUCUGGCAUCAGUUCCAGUUGCGCCCGAAGCUUUCAAUCUCGCUGCUCCACUUAGUUUGCCGAAACACUGUCGACAUGUGCUCCAUCCAAGGUACGCCAUCGUCCAAUUCUGUCAUCAGUUUUGAACUUUAAACUAAUGACUAAUGGGUCGGAGUGGCCAGGCCUGAAAGUUCAAGGAAGAUUCAGCUUACAUCUGAAUUCCUUUGUAUUGCCUACAAUGUUAUAGCUUAAAUUCUGCUAAUAAAUUUCUAUCAAUGAUGUUCCAAACAAUUUCUUAGAGAUGGGUUGUGCACAAGGAUGCACAUUGUAGAUCUGUUAACUUAAGUUUUGAAUAAUGAGAUAUGUUCAUAUGCUUUGCUCACUAUUAUUCCUAAUUUUCUCUGGACAUAAAGACUGAAGUUUAUUGCUUUUGUUCAGCCGAGUGCUACUUGAUCAGUACUUAACCAAGAUUGGCAGCCAUUAUAGCUGGUGUAGAACUCAGAUAUACACACUGAAAUGUUCCGAUAUGCCAAAAUAAACACAUUAGAAUCUUUUUAAUUAUAUUCCUACUAUUUUUUCGAGAUUGCUCUGCGGUAGCUAAUUUUGAUGUUCUGCUAUACUACUAUUGCAUAUAGAGAGAGAUCAGAGAGGAGAGCAGCAGCCCGCUGCUGCAAUUUUGUUCAUGCUGCUGCUUGGUUACUACACAUCUAUACAGAGAACACCGAGAAGGCUGCUGCUUGCUGAUUACAAUUGCUUCAUGAUAUGUACAUAUCCUUAUGUAUGCUGCUGCUAUGUACCCUUGAUCAUGGUGACAAGGAAUUGAUGCUGCAGCGGUAGGGAUCUGGUGGCCAUGGAGUGGCAGCCGCUACGUACAUACAUAACUCCAGCGAGUCAUGGUGAGGAGAUUUUGAUCUUUAUAUGUUAGAUUCAGAGUGGAUAUACGUUACUACAUGUAGGCCCCAUACGCCAUACGAGUUCCUCCAUUUUUUUAUGUUAGCUGAUGAGCUUUCUUCUCCACUCCACACAGAUUGGUCCUGCAUGAUGCAUCCAUGGCUUAGGAUAAGAAAUGACUGUUUCCAUCUAACUGUUAUUUUUUUUCUAAAUCAAUUGAGGAGAACAUAUAACGAAAAAACAAGUUACUCAUCCGAUUCAUUUGCGAAAUUCAGUACUUUCUUAUACUGCUCUGUUUUAGGAGACGAAAUAAAGCGAAAAAGAAAUUUCUAUGAAGGAUCUCUAGGGAGAUUUGGCACAUGAAGUUAAGGUUUGGUACAUUCGAUCUCCAAAAGAUAUGGUGAGACAUCUGAAUUAUGUUUCGUCUUCACAGACUAAUUUGACAUUUUACCUGGCUAUUUUCCCCAUUUGUUGCUGUAGCUAAUAGUGUUGAUAUAUAUCCCAUUGUAGUGCAUUCAUUUGUAAAUAAGGAUUUUAUGACCUUUGUUUGUGUUCCUGUCGUUAUCAUUAAGUUUGCUUCAUGUAAUUGUUAGCACUGCAAUCAGAUAUAAUAUUAAAUAUUUGUUGCAAUCAGAUAGUAUAUUAUCCUUCGAGUGAUCAUAGAUGUUCAAAAUGAUGUUUGUUACCACCAUGAGCUGUACUUUGCAAUGUAAGGAUAUAUGACAUCUGUUUACUGUAGUAUAUUGCUACCAAAGCCCCUAUCUAUAUCACAUUUAAAAAGUAUUCUCUCGUGGCUUUGUAAGAUUUUCCUUUAUGCAAAUUAGAUUGCUUAUUAAUAGCAUUCAUAUUUCAAAUAUUCAUUGAUAUGAAUAACCAUGUAUAGACCACGAAAUGUAGUUGAUACACACGAGCCAUACAACGUUAGAUAUGAUUCUUACCUAAAUCCAGGGAAUGGCUGUAUUAAGUUAUUCAUGAUCCGAAAUGUUAUCCAUGUGAAUGUUUAUUUUGCAAUCUGUUGUAAAGCUAGGAAAUUUGUUGGCAAUAGUUUUUGUGUCGAGGUUCUUCUGUUUAGAUUCUAACUGAUAUGUAAGGGCAUACCGAUGAAUCAAAUAUUUAGAUGUUUUUUUCUUUUUGAGAUUUUGAACUUCAGGGGUGGGGGUGUCUUCAGUCAUGCUUAUUGGAUUAGGAUCUAGGACCGUGAGCUAUUUUCUAAAAGUCCUGUUGCAACGCACGGGCAUGUUUGCUAAUUUUUAGAAAAAUGCAUCGGGUAAAUUCAUAAUUAAAAAUUAAGAGCCUUUCGUUGAGUGUCAUCAAAGAUGCCUUGAACGUCUUUUCCAAUCUGAAGCGGGAUCCCAAACCUGGGAAUAGCACAAUUGGCAUCGGGCAAAUUCAGCGCGUACUCUAGAAACGAGAUGACUCUGAUGCAGUCUGAAUGUUGUCCCCAUACUCAAGUAUUUUCAGCGCUAUACCUCGCAAGUCUAUCUUUUGGAUACGAAGCUUUGAUAAAUUGGUUUAAAUUAUACUUUGCAACUUACAUAUUUCUCUAACUAAAGGUCUGCAUUUUCCCGAUGUACCGUACUAUACAUAUCUAAGGUACAAAAUGAACUCUUUAUAGGUCUCUGUUCUGCCAUAUGCUCAUUUCAAAUUUUAUGCUAGGUCCACUAAUUUUAGCUCAAGGGUGAUAUGAGCGGUAAGAAACACUUGCAGAUGUAUGUCUUGUGUAUAUAUAUGUGUGUGUGCUCUCGAAGAUGAAUGCGGUCACAAUAAUUUAAUUUGUUGUUUAGUGCUACAAUAUCUAAACUCAAGAAAAUAGGUAAUUAUAAGAUUUUGUGUAUUUUUAUUAUCUGAGUUAAGUAAUAAAUAUUAACCUUCCUCUAAAGAAGCAUGUUGGCUUGCUUUCAUAAUUAAAUGGAUUAACUAAAUCAGUAAUGAUGGAUUGGACC